AUGAUCUCUUUUCACAGAUACUAUCUUCCCAGCAAGUUUUCCAACUGUGACAUAGAGGAAUACAGUGAGUUUCUGAAUACCGGUGGAGGAGCCUGUUUGUUUAAUAAGCCCUCAAAGCUUUUGGAUCCUCCGGAGUGUGGUAACGGCGUUGUGGAAGCUGGUGAAGAAUGUGACUGUGGAACUGUUGAGGAAUGUGCAAAAGAGGGAGAAGAGUGCUGCAAGCACUGUAAGUUAACAGAAGAAUCACAGUGCAGCGAUGGGCUGUGUUGUGCCAUGUGCAAGCUCAAUCCUAAAGGAAUGUUAUGCAGGGAAGCAGUGAAUGACUGCGAUAUCCCAGAAAUGUGUACUGGAAAUUCCAGCCAGUGUCCUUCAAAUAUACAUAAAUUGGAUGGGUAUCCAUGUGAAGAAAAGGAGGGCCUUUGCUUUGGAGGAAGGUGUAAAACUAGAGACAGACAGUGCAAGUAUAUCUGGGGUGACAAAGUGACAGCUGCAGACAGAUAUUGCUAUGAGAAGCUGAACAUUGAAGGAACUGAAAAAGGCAAUUGUGGGAAGAAUAAAGACACCUACAUACAGUGCAGCAAACAGGAUGUCCUGUGUGGUUAUCUGUUGUGUACUGACACUUCAAGUGUGCCAAGGCUGGGUGAGCUGGAAUCUCUAACAUCAGCCUCUCUCUCGCAUCAAGGAAAGCUUUUAAACUGCAGCGGUGGCUAUGUGAAACUGGAUGAGGAAAGUGAUCUGGGAUACGUGGAAGAUGGCACUCCAUGUGGAGAAGGAAUGAUGUGUCUGGAUCACAGAUGUCUUCCUAUUGAUCCUUUCAAUUUCAGCUCAUGCAUGGGCAGCACAAACAAGAUUUGUUCUGGAAAUGGGAUCUGUAGCAAUGAAGUGAAGUGUAUCUGCGACAAGUACUAUAUCGGGGAGGACUGCAGCACAUUUUUCCCAUAUAAAAGCACUUCCAAGCCUGAUGUAAUUGAUGAUGGUGUGGUUAGCACAAACAUUAUCAUAGGAGCAAUUGCUGGUACCAUGCUAGUGUUGGUGUUGGUAUUAGGAAUUACAGCUUGGGGUUACAAAAACUAUCGGAGAGAAAGACAAAUACCCCAGGGAGAUUAUGUUAAAAAGGCUGGAGAUGUCGACUCUUUUUAUAGCGACUUGCCUCCUGGAGUCAGCUCCAACUCAGCAUCUAGUUCUAAGAAGAGGUCUGCUAUUCUGUCGCAUUUUCAGAUAUCUGCCUGUUCCAUCCCACAUUAUUCCAUUAGUCAGAACAUUUCAUUGUUUUGCCGAAGAUCAAAUGGUCUGUCUCACUCAUGGAGCGAGAGGAUACCCGACACCAAACAUGUCUCUGAUGUCUGUGAAAAUGGACGACCGAGGAGCAAUUCCUGGCAAGGAAACAUAAGCAGCAGCAGGAAAAAGCUUCGAGGAAAGCGAUUCAGACCCCGCUCCAAUUCCACUGAAACAUUGUCUCCUGCCAAGUCUCCAUCAUCAUCUACUGGUUCCAUUGCCUCUAGCAGGAAAUAUCCGUAUCCCAUGCCACCACUUCCUGACGAGGAGAAGAAGCCCAGCAGACAGAGUGCACGGCUCUGGGAAACAUCAAUCUAG